AUGCCUCGCCCGAAGAGGCCAGGUGCGCCAGAGCCAAAGAGAAGAAGUAGAAAAGGUUGUUGUGGUGAAGAAAAGCCGUCUUGCAUUAAUUGCAAGAGGCAAGGAGACAAGUGUGAUUAUAGCAUCCGGCUAAACUGGGACGGCCGGUCAAGGAAGCGAUCCACCACGGAGAAUACGGGGCUCAACAGCGAGUCAAUGCUAUCGCCAUUGUCACCACCCACUCCGAACUCUACAAGAGAUCGAGCAAGCGGCUCCCCAGCCCCCUCCUUAAAGCAUGUAUUGAUGCCUAUACAGCAAUAUCAAGGACCGCACCUCGAUAUUAAACGAAACCCAGAUCAUAGCGAUGGUCUUCCAGAACCAUUUGGUAGCCCGCUAAUAUCAGUCGAUGAUGGCCAGUCACUAUCAGGACUAAAUGUCUGUCCACCCAGAACAUCGGUAGACUCAGCGUGGUUGCCGUACACGCCAAACUCCAGUUCAUAUGCCUCCCCAGGGCAGUCAGCCUCCCCGUCACAUUAUCAAAAGGCUAUCUCGAAAGAUAAUAGCCAAGUGACUUCACCCAACUCCUUUACCCGUGUCCAGCAUGUUGACCCUCGACGUUUAUCAGCCACAGCUCAUAAUAGCUAUAUACCAAUCAUUAACACUACGGAUAUAUUUCUUGCUCCUGGGCUGGCCGUUAGAGAACCUCCAGCGUCAUGUAUAACUGAGGAGGGAUCACUGCAGUUUCCACUAGUCUCAACGACCGAUGGUGUAAACACACCCGUGGACAUGCAUCGUGUUUCAGUCAACUCACUGCUAUCUCACACUACCGCUUCUGGAUCGGGCCCAGGUGACGCAAGGAACUAUGGACUAGACUGUGGUCAACCCGACCUGGACGUGCAUCAAGAUGCCGAACUCUUAGCUAGCUUGCGUGAUACGUCCCUAGGGGUUAUGAACAACCUCAAAACCAUCUCCUAUCAAGCAACUUCUAGCAGCACAGCCACCCCAUCCUCAUCGCAAGAGGAUGUAUCCGCCGGCGUUCAUCGAAGCGUGACUACGGCGUUCUCUAAAGGAGGCUAUUACGCCAAACCUGUUCCGAUACAUGUAUCACACUUGUUAUCCCCACUGCCAUCUACCUUACUUGAAAACCCAAUAAACAUGCUGUAUUUCCAUCAUUUCAUAAAUCAUACAGCGAAAAUUUUAGUACCUCAUGAUUGCCAUUUAAACCCUUUCGCCACGGUGUUACCCGCAAUGGCAAUUGAAGAGGAUAAUAUCCUAAGCCUGUUAUUAGCAUAUUCAGCAAGCCAUAGAUCACGACUCCUAGGCCAUGCGGAACCAUACACACGAAUAGCGCGAUGGACUAGCGGUGUAUUUCCGUCCCUCCGCCAUGCUCUUGGUGACCCUGGCAGGAGGACCUCCGCUGCCACGUUGGCGACGGCGAUCAUGCUUGUCUCUCUGAAAGUUAUUUCACCUAGUACAUUCGAGGUCCCAAUCCGAUGGGAGAGCCAUUUGAAGACAGCUCGUGAGAUCUUUUUAACACGUCAAAAAUCCGAUCCUGAACAUUUCACUGGGCAGGUUAACUCCUUCUUGCAUCGCUGGCUUGUGUAUCUUGAUCUCUUCGGUAGCCUUUCAUCUAGACACGCAGAGCCUCCGUUGUUUAAUGGCACGUAUUGGGCCCUUGAUACUGCAACGGAAGGAGAUCCAACUUUAUAUUGCGACAAGGAGUUCGAAGUAGACUGCUUUUCUGGAUUUACUCCGCGAUGUUGUUCAUUACUAUCGCGGCUCAGUACACUGACGCACCAAUGUGACAACGUACGAGUGGACCCAGCCGGACGACUCUUUACUAGCUGGAAUCCGCCUGCGUCUGUGCUAGCAAGCGCAAAGCAGCUACUCCAAGACAUGGAGGAAGCAGGUCCUGACCGUACGUCGACACUCAAGACACACCAUCGGAAGCCGGUUGAGCCUAGUAUGGCUGCAAUGGACGAGGCGUAUCGGCUUGCUGGGAUGAUCCACCUACAUCGAAGAGUACUGGGACGCGAAUCCUCGGAUCCUAUUGUCAAGCAUUUGGUGGACGCGCUCUUUGACUCGCUCGAUCAAGUUUCUCGUGGUGGGCAGGAAGAAGUGUGUGUAUUGUUCCCACUAUUUACUGCCGGAUGCGAGAGCCAGGAUGCGAACCAGCGACAACAAGUGAGUGAGCGUGUCCAGGGCUUUGAGAGUGUCGGCAUGAAACAGAUACGGGGAGCAAGAAAGCUCAUGCAAAAGUCCUGGCGGGAAGGCCUGCCAUGGAAUGUCCUUGCCGACGGUGAGUUCCUAGCAUGA